AACAUUUGUGAAGAAACACGAUCAUUGGAGCGAUCCUCAUUUCACAAUGGAAGUCCCUCCAGGACCCAUGUUUACAGAGAUGUUUGCGUUUGGGGACAGGCUGGAGAUGCAGCAAGAGCUUUUCCCAGGGGAAGACCUGGGGACGUCUUUUCUUCAGGACCGAGGCUUGGAGCAUAUGUCUGUCAUCUACAAGGAGAUCCCUCUUGGUGAGGAGUGUGAGGAUUAUGGGGGCAAUUUCAGUUUGUGCUCCAGCCCCAUUCAGCAUCAGAAUACCCCCCUAGCCCCUAGCUUCCAGGAUGAUGAGCUGUUUGACCAAACCUUCCUCCAGAAGCCAGACCUCAGCCUGUGUCAGAUAGUCCACCCUGGAGAAGACUCUGACAAGUGUGAUGGCAAGAAAGCAGGCUGGGCACGCGUGAGGCUUAACAACCCUCACAGAGUGGACCAGCCAGUCAAGCCCUAUGUGUGUCGGGAGUGCGGGAAGGCCUUCAGCCAGAGCUCCCACCUGCUGAGACACCUGGUGAUCCACACAGGGGAGAAACCCUAUGAAUGCUCCGAGUGCGGCAAGGCCUUCAGCCAGAGCUCCCACCUGCUGAGGCACCAGGUCAUCCACACUGGAGAGAAGCCCUAUGAGUGCCCGGAGUGCGGCAAGGCCUUCCGCCAGAGCUCUGCCCUCACACAGCAUCAGAAGACCCAUACUGGCAAGAGGCCCUACGAAUGCAGGGCCUGCGGGAAGGACUUCAGCCGGAGCGCCAGCCUCAGGAAGCACGAGCGCAUCCACACUGGAGAGAAGCCAUACCAGUGCCAGGAGUGCGGAAAAGCCUUCAACCAGAGCUCAGGUCUUAGCCAACAUCGGAAAAUCCAUACCUUGAAGAAACCCCAUGAGUGCGAGCUUUGUGGGAAAGCCUUCUGCCACAGGUCCCACCUCAUCCGGCACCAGAGGAUCCACACUGGGAAGAAGCCCUACAAGUGUGAGGAGUGUGGGAAAGCCUUCAGCCAGAGCUCCAACCUCAUCGAGCACCGGAAGACCCACACAGGCGAGAAGCCCUACGGGUGCCACAAGUGUGGGAAAGCCUUCAGCCAGAGCUCCUCUCUCAUUGAGCAUCAGCGGAUCCACACUGGGGAGAAGCCCUAUGAGUGUGGCCAGUGCGGCAAGGCCUUCUGCCACAGCUCAGCUCUCAUCCAGCACCAGAGGAUCCACACUGGGAAGAAGCCUUAUGCCUGCAACGAGUGUGGGAAAGCUUUCCGGCAUCGGUCAGCCCUCAUUGAACACUACAAGACCCACACCAGGGAGAAACCUUAUGAGUGCAAUACAUGUGGCAAAUCUUUCCGGGGCAGCUCACACCUUAUUCGGCACCAAAAAAUCCACGCUGGGGAGAAGCUGUGGCAGGAAGAACGUGGAGCAGAAUAGGCUAGCUGUUACUGGGCAGAACCUGUGUCUGUAUUGCUCUCUGUAAGACCCUAACUGCCUCCCUGUCAGCAGCACCCAGUGAAGGCCUUCUCAUUCCUGUGCCCCUAAACAUCCAUAGGAGCAGGGGAGCCCUUGUGGCACCCAGUAAGGAGCUCCAGGCUUGGCAGAUCAUGGAGUGGAUGGGAGGCUGGGGCGCUAGCAAGGUGGUGGAGAUGGAGGCCAGCUGAGAGAGAGAGUUGGUUUACAGUUUUCGUUCUUCUCUGAAGCCUAUGAGAUUGCAGUUUUCCCUCUUGAUUCGCUUCUUCCAGAACCCAGAAGGAGAAGAAAAAUACACACCAGAAAUAGAAAGGAGAGGCAAACCCAUGGAAAUAUCAGAUAUGCACUUUAAUGCUAAGCCUCAGGGGGGUGUUUCAGCAGGCUGGGCUCACAGCCCACACCAACAGAAGAAAACCAAAUUCUAAGGCAGAUCUAUCAGCAGGCAAAGUGGAAUUGACCUGGGUCAGGCACUGUUGGGGCAAACAGCAGGUUAAUAAAGACGAGAAGGUUCUUGGAA